AUGCGCUGCCUUAUCUUUUUGGCAGCGGCGGCUUCUGUGAUGGCCCAGAGUGGGUCACAAAGCUCAGGGUACGAAGAUGCCGAGAAGGUGCAACCUCUUCCCGUUGCACCGAUCUCGUCUGACGGAGGUGACCAGCAAGGAUACAACAACGAAGGUGUACCUGUCGAAGCUCCACCACCUCCACCACCGCCACCACCUCCAGCUCAAGCACCACCAGCGGCGGCUGCUCCACCACCACCACCUCCUCCUCCGCCACCAGCGGCGGCUGCUCCACCCCCACCUCCUCCUCCACCACCACCUCCAGCUCAAGCACCACCGCCACCACCUCCACCACCACCACCUCCAGCUCAAGCACCACCACCGGCGGCUGCUCCACCACCAUCGCCACCAGUUCCUUCUCCACCUGUACCGACAGCAGUAGGCAUUCCUCCAGCUCCAGUGUCAGGCCCCCCUCCUGAGACAGGCGACGUGCAGGUUCAAUCGAAUGCCAAGUAUGAUGAAGCCGAAGCACAGAAUCCAUCACCAGUAAUAAGUGCGGGAGGUAAUGACGGCCUCGCAUACAGCAAUACCCUUCGUUUCCGUCGUCACUUGUAG